AUGGCGGGGGUUCUCACGCUAAACUUGGUGCUGCAGAGGUCCAAGACGGACGAUAUUCGCCGAGUCCAGAAGCUCAAUGUAUGCGCGUCGCAGAUCCAAGAUAUCGGCGUGCUGCGGCAGGCCGUUGCGUUGGAGGUGCUGUCCUUGUCGCUAAACGAUAUUUCAGAGCUCGGUGCCUUGUCGAAUUGCCGCCGACUGGCGGAGGUUCACCUCCGCAGGAACCAAAUCCGCGACAUCAACCAAGUGCUGCAUCUCUCUCGCCUGCCCUGCUUAGAGGUUCUCAAUUUGGCCGACAAUCCCAUCACCCGUGACCCCAACUACCGACGCUUCGUUGUCGCCGCCAUUCCAUCGCUCGAGCGCCUCGAUGAACGCGACAUCACCGACGAGGAGCGUGACAAUGCCCUUGCAGUGUUUCCGCAGCUGCUGAGUUUUGCUCCUCCGCCGUCAAAGUACGCACGGCCGCUGGAGGGCAUCACACCACCAACGAUUCAGGAGCGCGAAGCACAGGCGCGGACGAGCAGCACGCAAGUCAGCCACAGCGGUGCCACCGGGUCCGAGGCAGGUCGUCACAACGUGCACCCUAGAAAGGCCACUAACAGUGCCACUGGCGUCUGCGGCGGUAAUGUGUACAACGGCCGUGGUGGCUCGGGGGCCAGCGGCAAUCCAAACCUUCACAAGGCCCCGUCUGCGCCAAUAUAUCAGGAUCCGCACCGCGGUGCUGGGCCUCCUCCCGCUCGCUCCAACCCCACCGUGCGUGCUCAGGCCGUCAACGACUAUCAGUCCGUCUCAUCUUACCCGUCCGGGCCUUCCGAGGAAGGCGUGGUGCAAGCUGUCAAAGUACUAUGCUCGGAGCUCUCACUUGAGGCGCUGGAUGAUGUGCGCCGCUUUAUCGACUCCCUGAACGGGUAUUAG